AUGAGGUCAGACUUUCAGUUCUCGAACCUUUUGGGAACUGUUUAUAGACAAGGAAACCUUCUUUUCACCGCUGAUGGCUCCACUUUGCUUUCUCCAGUGGGAAAUCGUGUUUCUGUAUUUGAUCUUAUACGGAAUACAUCAUAUACACUGAACUAUGAACACAGAAAGAACAUUGCAUGCAUUGCAUUGAAUAAACAAGGAAAUUUGCUUAUUUCCGUUGACGAGGAUGGCCGUGCCAUAUUAGUGAACUUUAGAGCAAGAACCGUGCUUCAUCAUUUUAACUUCAAGGAUAAAGUUAGAGACAUCAAGUUUUCACCAGACGGUAAAAACUUUGCCAUUGCUGUGGGAAGAUUCAUCCAGGUUUGGAAGACUCCUGAUGUUACAGAGGACCGCCAGUUUGCCCCAUUUGUUCGUCAUAGAGUGUAUGCUGGUCAUUAUAGUGAGAUUACAUCCAUAUCCUGGUCUAGAGACUCGAGAUUUAUUCUUUCUACAAGUAAAGACCUCACUGCUCGUCUUUUCUCGUUGCACUCGAGUGAGAAGGAUGUCAAAAUGACGUUUGCAGGCCACAGAGAUCAUGUGAUGGGGGCUUUUUUCAACAAAACACAGGAGCAUAUAUAUACGAUAUCGAAGGAUGGAGCACUUUUCAGGUGGGAGUACAAGGAAAGGGAGGAAGAAGAGGAUCUUCCCGAAGAAGAAAAGCACAUGAGUUGGAGGAUAGCCGCCAAGAACUUCUUUUAUGCCGACGCAAACGUGAAAAGUGCGGCUUUUCACCCAGAGUCAAAUCUUUUGGUGGUAGGAUUUGGAAAUGGUGAAUUCAGAUUGUACGAGCUUCCAGACUUCACGAUGAUCCAGCAGCUAUCAAUGGGUACAAAUGCAGUGAAUACAGUCUCAAUAAACGAAACAGGUGAGUGGAUAGCGUUUGGAUCAAAGAAGUUAGGCCAGUUGCUUGUUUACGAAUGGCAAUCAGAAUCAUACAUUUUACGUCAGCAGGGUCACUUUGACUCCAUGAAUAGCGUUGUUUAUUCUCCUGAUGGAUCCAGGCUUGUUACUGCAGCGGAUGAUGGAAAGAUCAAAAUAUGGGAUGUGACUUCUGGAUUUUGUCUUGCCACUUUUGAGGAGCAUACCUCUGCCGUUACGGAUCUUGCCUUUGCCCGGCAUGGUCAGGUUUUAUUUUCAUCUUCUUUGGAUGGAACGGUCCGGGCAUGGGAUCUAAUGCGGUACAGAAACUUUAGAACAUUCACCUCAACAGAGAGAAUACAGUUUUCAAGUGUUGCAGUUGAUUCAAGCGGAGAAGUUGUAGCUGCAGGAUCACUUGAUGAUUUCGCAAUCCACGUUUGGUCAGUUCGUACAGGACAGCUUUUAGACCAGCUUGCAGGCCAUGAGGGGCCAGUUUCAUGUCUUUCAUUUGGAACUGAGGGAAAAGCUUUGCUCGCAAGUUCAUCUUGGGAUAAGACAAUUCGUAUUUGGGACAUCUUUAGCCGAACACAGACAAGCGAACCACUAGAUACAACCACGGAAGUUCUUUCGCUUGCAAUGCGUCCAGAUUCGAAGGAAGUCGCUGCCUCAACUUUGGAUGGUAAAAUCGUGUUUUGGGAUGUUGAGACGGGUAAACAACUAAGAGAGAUUGACGGUAAAAAGGACAUUCUUCAGGGAAGAUACACUGAGGAUCCAUUUACCAGUCAGCACUCGGCAAGGGGAAAAUGCUUCUCUACUAUAGCCUAUAGCUUUGAUGGCUUGACCUUGGUUGCAGCGGGAAACAACAACAGCAUUUGUCUUUACGAUUUGCCCAAUGAGGUUCUUCUCAGAAGGUUCACAGUGUCGCUAAAUAUGCAAUUAAAUGGAACACAGCAGUUUUUGAAUUCGAAACGGAUGGCGGAGGGUGGAGCACUUGAUCUGAUUGAUGAUGACGGAGAGCUUUCUGAUGUGGAUGAACGUACAAGAGCAGAUAACGUGUUGCCUGGAUCUAAAAGAGGUGAUAUAUCUGAGAGAUCUUCUCGUCCCGAAAUUAGAGUAGCCAGUAUCAUAUUUUCUCCAACGGCUAGCGCUUUUGCAGUUGCAUCAACGGAGGGACUUCUCAUAUAUAGUGUGGAUGAUACACAGGUGUUUGAUCCUUACGAUUUGGACGUUGAUGUUACGCCAGAAAACACCAUUGCAUGUCUAAAUGAUCAGCAGUAUCUUGACUCUAUAGUGAUGGCAUUCAGAUUAAACGAGACCUAUCUCAUUCAGAAGGUGUACGAAGGAGUUCCAGCCAAGGACAUAGCUCUUGUUUCUAGAGAUCUUCCGGUGGUGUAUCUUCCAAGAUUGAUUGAAUUUAUCGGAUCAAUCGCCAUGGAAAGCCAGCACAUAGAGUUCAAUCUUUUAUGGAUAUCGAGUCUAUUCACCAGCCACGGAAAGUACAUAUCAAAGAACAAGCAUUUGUUUUCAAGUGGUUCUAGGGCAAUACAGCGGUUCUUGAACCGGGUUGCCAAAGAUGUUGUCGGAGCAAGUACCAAAAAUGGAUAUCUUCACGAUUAUUUAAUGAUCUCGAGGCCAAAGGAGGAACACACAGAGAAAGUUGGAAAGAAUCACGAUACGCUACUUUUGGGAGAAGAUGAGGAAGAAGAAGAAGAAGAAGAAGAAGGCGAUGCUGCCGAUGGUAAUAUGGAUGUUGAUCCUGCUCCUUCCAAAAACGAUGCAAAGAAGUUUAAGGAUUCUUUUGCAGUGCAGGAAGAUGAGGAUUAG